AUGGUCAUUACAACUGAAGACACAAUAAAAACUAAUUUACAGGUCGAUGCACCUGCAGAAUUUCUCGGGUUUAACAACAAUGACGAGUCAGCAAUAAUACAAACACCAAAAUCUACUAUUGAUGAACUUAGUGAGUUACUUUCAAAUAACUUGAUCUCAACAAACAAAACAACUUUUCGAGCGAAAAAUUAUAAAGCCUCACCUUUACUAACUAGAAGUAAGAAAGAGACUCAAGAAGAAAGACGUAAACAAGCUUUAGAAGAACAGAAAAGGCGAAAAUGUGAUUUUUUCACACAUGCUAGGAAUCUUGCUUUUGCUGAUUUACUUACUAAACCUAUUAAACGUAGAUUUGAAGUAGAACAAGACGAUGAUGAAAAUAAUGAUAAAAUUUCAAUCAAGAAAGCGAGGCAUAAAGUAAUGCAUGCGGAAUGGAUGUAUGAAUUACCAAAUGAUUUAGAGGAGAAUUGGUAUGUAGUGUUAUGUCCGGUUGGAAAUACUAUGAGUCGAUUAAGAAACGGAGGUGUAAUGGAUGUAUUUGAAUCUAAUUUACCGGCAGGUGGUAGCAAUUACAAAGGAAAUAAAACAACUGAUUAUUGUAUUUUAGAUUGUGUUUAUGAUCAAGCUACUUUUACAUUUUAUGUCUUAGAUAUGAUGUGUUGGAAAGGUCAUCCAAUUUAUGACUGUGAUACGGAAUUUAGAUUUUAUUGGCUCACUACAAAAUUUAAUGAAGUUGACCCUCCAAUUACGGCUUCAUCAUUAGGAACAAUGGCAACAGUCAACAAUUCCAUUUAUAAGUUUAUACCACUUUCACCUCUCAAUUGUUCUCCAAAACAAAUCUCUUCAUUGAUAAGUGAUUCGAAUCCUUUUGGAUAUCGUUCUGAUGGGUUACUUUUUUUCAAUAAACAAACACAGUAUGUUAUUGGUGAAACACCUUUAUGUGGUUGGAUAGGAAUUGAAAAAGUAAAAGAAAUUCUUGGUAACUAUCUUAAUUGUGAUCAACAACUGCAACAAAAAUCAGAAACAAAAUUGGGAGAAGACGGCUGUGAGUGA